AUGUCUCUUGUGGCGGGACCCGGAAUUGGAGGAUCGCUCUCCGCGUCCGAAACGCCCGUGGAAGAGCUCAGGCUGGCUGUCGACAAGCAUGUGAAAUAUAUCCAGGCUUUGGAUACUCGCAAAGAUGAGCUCGAUUACUGGUUAACCGAACACCUGAGAUUGAACGGCGUUUACUGGGGCCUGACUGCACUUCAUCUUCUCCGUCAUCCAGAUGUCCUGCCCCGUGACAAAACCCUGGAAUUUGUCUUCGCUUGUCAGAACUCAGACGGCGGCUUCGGCGCUGCUCCCGGUCAUGACUCUCACAUGCUGUAUACCGUCAGUGCCGUCCAGAUACUGGCGACAGUUGACGGGCUGAAAGAUUUGGAGAGGCGGGAAAAAGGUGGACAGGAGCGAAUUGCCAAAUGCAAGUUCUUCGUCAUUGCCAGCCUGCAAAACACUGAAACUGGCACCUUCGCCGGCGAUGAGUGGGGAGAGACCGACACUCGAUUCCUUUACGGGGCUUUUAAUGCCCUCUCGAUUCUCAACAUGAUGCAUCUGGUCGAUGUCAACAAGGCAGUCUCUUACAUUCAAGCCUGCGCCAAUUUCGACGGGGGCUUCGGAAGGUCGCCGGGGGAAGAAUCUCAUUCCGGUCAGAUAUUCACCUGCGUGGGAGCUUUGACAAUUGCCCGAAGACUUGACAUCGUGGAUCACGAGCGGCUGGCCGCUUGGCUGAGCGAAAGACAGCUCCCGAAUGGCGGUCUGAAUGGCCGACCUGAAAAACUUGAAGAUGUCUGCUACAGUUGGUGGGUGCUGAGCAGUAUCGCCAUGUUAGGGAAACUCCAUUGGAUUGACGCCUCUAAAUUGAUCACGUUUAUCCUGAGCUGCCAGGAUGCCGACCACGGAGGAAUUGCAGACAGACCUGGCGACAUGGUGGACGUCUUCCACACACUGUUUGGCAUCGCAGGCUUGAGUCUCUUAGGUUAUCCAAGCCUCGCCGAAGUCGACCCUGUCUAG